CAGCCUCAUUCAGCCAUGAGAGCGGUUGUGUUCGCUCUGUCUCUGGCCCUAGUGGCUGGACAACACUCUGGCUUUGCUCCUAAUUUUUCUCCUGGCAAAACAUAUGUGUAUAAAUACGAGGUAUCCCUUAUGACCGGUCUGCCUGAAGAGGGUUUGGGGAAAGCAGGAGUCUAUGGAAACUGCAAAUUUCUAAUCAGCGCCAUAGACCAAAACACAUUUAUGUUGAAGGUAAUGGAUAUUGAGAUAAAUGAGUUCAGUGGCAUCUGGUUGAAGGAUCAUCCAUAUCUAAUGAGUAUGCUUCCUGAGAUAAUGGAACCAGAAACCAGAAUUCCCAUCAAGUUCGAAUACAGCAACGGAGCUGUAGGGAAAGUUUAUGCUCCUGAAAAAGUCUCAGAUUUUGUACUGAACUUCUACAAAGGCUUCCUGAGCUUCUUUCACCUUACCAUCAAGAAGACACACAAUGUCUAUGAUCUGCAGGAGGCUGGAAUUGAGGGUGUGUGUAAUACCCUCUAUUCUGUCAAUGAAGAUGUAAAGACUGACCGCAUCCUCCUGACUAAAACCAGGGACAUGAACCACUGUCAGGAAAGGAUCUAUAAGGACAUGGGCUUGGCAUACACAGAGAAAUGUGAUGAGUGCCAGAAGGUAUCUAAGAAUCUGAGAGGUUCAACAUCAUACAGAUACAUCUUAAAACCAGUCCCCAGUGGCAUCAUGAUCAUGAAGGCGGAUGUUAAUGAGCUAAUCCAGUUCUCACCUUUUUCUGAGCAUAAUGGAGCUGCUCAAACUAAGAUUAAACAAACCUUGGUCUUCCUUGAGAUUCAGAAUAACCCAAUUACAUCCAUUCCUGUUGAGUAUCAUCACCGUGGAUCUCUUAAGUAUGAGUUUUCUAAAGAGACUGAAAGGACACCACUGCAGUUUGUAAAGGUCACUGAUUUACAGGUCCAGAUCCAGGAGCUUCUGGAUCAUCUAACUACCCAUAAUGCAGAGAAAGUCACUGAUCAUGCUCCUCUGAAAUAUUUGGAAUUGGUUCAGUUUUUACGUCUUGCCCGCUAUGAAGACCUAGAAGUACUCUGGAGCAAGUACAGAGAUACGCCUUCUCACAGACUGUGGCUCUUGGAAGCAGUUCCACCCUCAGGAACGUCUGCUGCUCUCAGAUUCAUCAUGGAGAAAUUUCAGGCUGAAGACUUAAGUGUUACUGAGGCAGUUAGAACAUUGGUUGCAGCUGUUCACAUGGUUACAGCCAACCCUGAAUCAAUCAAGCUGUUUGAGACCCUGACAGAAGACAGCAAACUCAACGCCAACCCAGUUCUACGUGAGAUCGUCUUCCUCGGAUACGGCACAAUGAUUUCCAAAUAUUGUGCAGAGUCAGAUGUCUGUCCUGUCGAGUUUGUUCAGCCAAUUCAGAAGCGUCUCUCAGAGGCAGUUUCCAAGGGAGAGACAGAAGACAUCAUCUUGUAUGUGAAGGUUUUGGGAAAUGCAGGACACCCUAGUAGCCUCAAGUCAAUCACAAAGAUUAUACCCAUUCACGGCACUGCUGCUGCAUCUCUGCCAAUCAGAGUCCAUAUUGAAGCCAUCAUGGCUCUGAGGAACAUUGCAAAGAAAGAACCAAGAAUGGUUCAGGAACUGGCUCUUCAGCUCUACAUGGACAAGGCUCUUGACCCAGAGCUUCGUAUGCUUUCAUGCAUUGUGCUGUUUGAGACCAAUCCUUCAAUGGCGCUGAUUUCCACCCUUGCCAAUGCUGUUAAGUCAGAGGAGAAUUUGCAGGUUGCCAGCUUCACAUACUCUCACAUGAAGUCCCUGAGCAGGAGCGCUUCCAUGAUUCAUCCAUCAGUAGCUGCAGCUUGUAAUGUUGCCAUGAAGAUCCUGAGUCCAAAGCUGGACAGACUGAGCUUACGUUACAGCAAAGCUGUCUAUGGGGAAGCCUAUAGCAGCUCUUUUAUGCUUGGUGCUGCUGCUACCGCUUUCUACAUCAAUGAUGCUGCUACCUUCCUGCCAAGAUCUGUUGUUGCCAAGACCAAAGCCUUCUUUGUUGGAGCUGCUGCUGAUGUUCUGGAGAUUGGAGUAAGAACUGAUGGACUUCAAGAGACCCUUCUGAAAAACCCUUCAGUUCUAAAAAGUGGUGACAGGAUCACCAAGAUGAAACGUGUUAUCAAGGCCCUUUCUCAGUGGAGGUCCUUGCCCAACAACAAACCCUUAGCUUCUUUCUAUAUCAAGCUAUUUGGACAAGAGAUUGCCUUUGCGAACAUCGAUAAACCCCUGAUUGAACAAGCUAUUGCGCUUGCGAGUGGAUCCUCUGCCCAGACAUAUAGUAUAAAAGCUCUGAAGACUCUUUUACUUACUGGUGUCAGUUUCAACUAUACAAUGCCUGUGAUGUAUACUGAGGUGCGACGCAUAUUACCCACUGCCUCUGGUCUUCCUUUCGAACUAAGUCUUUUUUCUGCAGCUGUGGCUGCAGCUGUUGUAAAAGUUAAACCAACUCUGUCGCCACGUCUGCCUGAAGACUUUCCUCUCUCUCGCCUUGUGGAGACAGACAUCAAGCUUGAGACUGAGAUCAGACCCAGUUAUGCUAUGGCCACCUAUGCUAUGAUGGGGACCAAUACUCCAAUUUACCAGCAAUUUUUAGUGUCAAGAACAAAAUUUAAUUCAACUCUGCCAUCCAAAGUCUUUGCAAGACUUAACAUUAAAGAGGGUGACUUUAAGAUAGAAGUACUUCCUGUUACUGCUCCUGAAAACAUCACAGCUGGAAGUGUUGAGACCUACACUGUGGCAAGAAACAUAGAGGACCCAACAAUUGAAAGAAUCGCUCCAAUCUUGCCAAACAAAGUUUUGAAAACCUUCCCAAUUCAGAUUUUUUCUAACAAGGACUCUUCCUCUGAAGAAAUAUCCUCUGAAAUCAUUCAAGAGGAAGAUCUCAAAGAAGAUGUUCCACUCUUAGCUAAGAGAUACUGUGCCAAGUACCGUGCCAUUGGACUCAAAGCCUGUUUCAAGGUUGCCACUGAAAACGCUGCUUUCAUCCGUGACACUGCACUCUACAGAAUAAUUGGAAGUCAAAAUGCUUCUUUUUCUAUCAAACCAAUUGAAGGUGAAGAAGUGGAGAGACUGGAGAUGGAAGUUAAAGUUGGAGCAAAGGCAGCAGAGAAGAUCAUUAAACAAAUAAACAUGAAGGAUAGUGCGGGAACAGUGCUGUCCAAGCUCAACAAAAUCCUGACCUCAAAUCUGAAUCGCACUUCGUCCUCCUCCUCAAGUUCCAGCAGCAGUUCUUCCUCUAAGCAUUCCUCCAAAUCCUCAUCUUCAUCAUCUAGCUCUUCCUCUCGCCCCAGUGGCAGUAGCAGCAGUAGUAACAGCAGCAGCAGUAGCAGUAGCAGAAGCAGCAGCAGCAGUAGCAGCAGAAGAAGCAGCAGCAGUAGCAGUAGCAGAUUGAGCUCCUCAAGAUCCUUCAGCAAUUCAUCCAGAUCAAGCUCUGCAUCAAGCCUUGCUUCACUCUUUAGUGCUGAAUCAAGUUCUUCUCGUGACAGUGCUCGUCGUUCAAUGCAAAAAGUCAAUUCUCACAGAUUCAGGAAGGCACAUAAGAACCAGACUUUGGCGUCAGAAGAGCGUUCUAGAAGCAGAAGCAGCGACUCCAGUUUUGAGGUCAUUUACUCAAAGAACGAACUCCUUGACGAAAGGAGUGUUGCUGUUGUUGUCACUGUCCAUGCUGUAAAAGCCAAUAAGGAAGACCAAGGAUACCAGGUUGCUGUUUAUGUUGACAAACCAAAUGCCAGACUUCAGAUCAUCAUAUUCCCUCUGUCUGGAAGCAACUGGAAGUUGUGUGCUGAUGGAGUUUUGCUGAGCAAGCACAAAGUCACGUCUAAAAUUGCUUGGGGAGCUGAAUGUAAACAGUACAGCACCAUGAUCACUGGUGAAACUGGUUUAGUCAGUUCAAACCCUGCAGCUCGACUCAGAAUGUCCUGGGAGAAACUACCCUCUUACGUUAAGCGCUCUGCAGAGAAGGUUUAUGACUACAUGCCCAACAAAAUGCUGGCUGACUUGAUCAAAUCAAAGAGUGCAAACAGCACCAGGCAGCUCUCUUUCACUGUUGUUGCAGAAUCUGAAAAGUCCAUUGAGCUUAUUGCAAAAACACCGAGGCGCACUUAUUACAACAUGACUUUACAUCUUCCCAUCACCCUUCCACUGCAAGAGAUCAAAAGCCUUACCCCCUUUGAGGAGGUUACUGAUAAAGUCCACUACGUCUUUGCCAAGGCUGUUGCAGCUGAAUGCAGUUUGUCCAACAAUACACUCAGAACAUUUAACAACAGGAGGUACAAGAACAAGAUGCCAGAGUCUUGCUACCAGGUUCUUGCACAAGACUGUACUGAGGAGCUGAAAUUCAUGGUCCUGCAGAUGAAGGACGCCACCGAACAAAACCACCUUAAUGUCAAAAUUGCUGACAUAGACAUUGAUCUGUAUCCCAAGGACAGUGAGGUGCAUGUUAAGGUCAAUGGAAUGGUAAUACCCCUCACCAGCCUGCCAUACCAGCAUCCAUCAGCUUCCAUUGAGAUCAGAGAAAAUGAGGAGGGAGUUUCUGUGUUUGCAUCCAGCCAUGGGCUUCAUGAAGUCUAUGUUAACAAGACCUCAUGGAGGAUUAAAAUCACUGACUGGAUGAAAGGCAAGACCUGUGGACUCUGUGGAAAUGCUGAUGGGGAGGUCAAACAAGAUUAUCGUGCACCCAAUGGACGCUUGGCCAGAAACUCUGUCAGCUUUGCUCUUUCCUGGAUUUUACCAGCGGAAAACUGCAAAGACAACUCUGAGUGCCGAAUGAAGUAUGAAUCCAUCCAGCUGGAGAAGAAGGUUAAUGUCCAUGGUCAGGACUCCACAUGCUUCUCUGUUGAACCUGUGCUGCGCUGUCUGCCUGGCUGCUCUCCAGUCAAAACCACCUCUGUCAAUGUUGGCUUCAAGUGCUUUGCUGCUGAUUCUACUUUGGAUCCCAGUAACAUCUUUGAAAGCAGUGUUGACCUGAGGAACUCAACAGUGGCUCACCUGGCCUGCAGCUGCACUUCUCAAUGUUCUUAAAACAUUUCUUUUGUUCAAUGACUUUGUAUUUUCUCAAUUUUUUGGCCAUAAUAAAAAUAUCUGACCAAACAAGUAG